UUGUUUUUCGUGCCGUAGGAGAGAAUCGUAUUUUUCUUCUGAUUAGCAAAUAAAAUAUAAAAGUUUCACAUAAAUUUAUAGAUUGUUUUAAAUUUAGAUUAUAUUAAAUAAUUCUACACAGAAUGGGACGCAAAAAGAAGAAGGCCUCCAAACCCUGGUGCUGGUAUUGUAAUCGUGAGUUUGACGAUGAGAAAAUCUUGGUGCAACAUCAAAAGGCUAAACAUUUCAAAUGUCAUAUAUGCCACAAGAAACUCUACACUGGUCCCGGCUUAUCUAUACAUUGCAUGCAGGUGCACAAGGAGACGGUAGACAAAGUGCCAAAUUCAUUGCCAAAUCGUUCCAAUAUAGAAAUUGAAAUAUUUGGUAUGGACGGUAUACCCGCUGAUGAUUUGCGAGAGCAUGAAAGACAAAAGAAUGGUGGAAAAUCUGAUUCAGACGACGAUGAACCCCAGGCGAAGAAAAAAGUUGAAAUACCAUUAACGGCUCCUCCACCUCCAAUGAUGAUGCCGCCAAAUAUGAUCCCUCCUCAUAUGAUGGGUCAAUAUGCUCAGUACGGCAUGAUGCCCCAUAUGGCAAUGCCGCCAUUUAUGGGACCUGGUGGUAUACACAUGAUGCCUCCGCAUAUGAUGCCACCACGACCGCUCUUCCCCGCAGCCAUGGCAACUACCUCGGCGGCUGCUGCAGCAGCGGCUCAUGUGGCAGCUUCUGCUCAUGCGGCUGCCGUUCAGCAGAAACCAACGUUCCCUGCUUACAGCAAUGCUACCAUAAGUGCACCACCCACAACAAAUAAUCCAAAUGCUGCUGCUCCUUCGUCAACAACAUCAUCAGCGUCAGCCACAUCAUCGACAACGUCAGAUGCGACCAGUAGCACCAACAAAAGUCAAGUGGUAACGAAUGCCAGUGGUGUUACAUCGAAAAUUAUGCAUCCUCCAGAAGAUUUGAGUUUAGAAGAGUUAAAGGCCCGCAAAAUUCAACACAGAUUAAGUGCCAGUGGUGGUGGCGCCUCUGUAUCGAAGUCAUCCUCUACCUCAACGCCUAAUACAAGCAGUCAUGGUCAGAGUAUUUACUCAUCAGCCGCUACCACAGCAUCAACGUCUACCACGACAUCAUCGCAAGCCGCAUCAGCUGCUGCCACCGCAGCGGCCAUAUCGAAGGCACAGGAAGCUGCUACUAUGGUUGCUGUGGCUCAGGCGCAAGCCCAAGCUCAGGCCCAAGCGCAAGCUCAAGCCCAGGCACAGGCCCAAGCGCAAGCACAAGCACAGGCUCAAGUUCAAGCACAAGUACAAGCUGCCCAGGUUCAGGCACAAGUUGCUCAUGCCCAAGCUCAAGUUGUUCAAGCGGUUGCCGCUCAACAACAGCAACAACAGAAACAACUACAAGAUCUCAAUCGUGCUGUCAUGAUACAACGCAUGCAGGCCCAGGCAGCCGUCGAUGCUGCUGUUGCUGCCCACGUUAAUCGUCCCGGUGGCCCAACUGCUGCAGCAGUUGGUAUGAUGCAAUUACCCGGUCAAAUGCAAUUAGUACAACCAAUGAUGCGACCUGCAAUGGCAAUUGCAGCACAUCAUCAUCAUCAUCCCCAUCAUCCUGCUUUACUUGGUGGUAAUUUAUUGAGAGCACAAGGUGGCAUUCCAGGAAUGCCUGCGGGGCUUUUAGGUCCCAUGCAAGCAAUACCUAUGGCCGGAAUGCCAGGUGGAAUACCCGGUAUGGGUGUAAUGUUACCAGGAAAUCCCAUGUUACAAAUGAUGCCACGUUUUCGGUGAUCGUUCCCCCAAGGGCAACUGUGUAUAGCGCCUGUUGCAAACGUGCCUAUGCCAUCUAUUAUCUAUCGCAACUACAAAGAUUAACUAAAGCACUCUCGGACAACCAAAAAGAAAGAAAGCUCUUUCUUACCACCUUCACUCUUCGUUCACUCACUCACUCAUCGUUUACCAGCUGUUGGCAGGCGUGUGUGCAUGUUCCAACAUCAUUGCAUAUAUCCGACUGGAAGCAACAACGCAAGUAAAACUAAAACGUAGUAAUAUUCUAACAUCAAUUAGCAACACCAAUGUAUAGCACGCCUCAUUAAUAUGCUGAGUAAUUAAAUUAAAUAGGCCAAUUGAAAGCAGACUAAAUCCAUCCGUUCAGUUCAGAAAACAAUCGAAAUUUCUAUAUGCCACCACACGUAUAGGAGUUUCUACAAUAAUUCUUCUCUACAACAAGCAAGUUUUGAAAAAAAUUCUUUCUUUUAUUUAUGCAAUGAUUUCGUAUUGUUUAUAUUUUUCUUAAAUGUUAAUUAUUUUUCUAUAUAUUUUAACUUAUAUCAUUUAUAUUUUUCAUUUCAUCUUUUGUUUUGGCAAGAUUCUCUUAAGAAGCCAACAUACAAAUGUUAUUUUUUUGUCCUACAAACAAAAGAAAAGGCUGAUUUCUUAUUAGCAAACUCUUUUAAAGUUUGAAAAGAGAAAAGAACACACAAACAUUGAAGCGUUAGUAUUAAUUAAAUGAAAAACAAAAAAACAGAAAGAAAAAAAAAAUCAAAAUGAAAUGGUAAAUAUUAAACUAUAUAAAUACUAUUUAAUAUAAACGUUUGCAAUAUACAAAUAAUUUAAUUAAUUACUUACAUACAUACCUACAUAAAUACAUACAUACGUACUACAUACUACAUUUACAAUAAUAAGGAUAAGGGUGAUUGAUAUAUGCCAAAUUUAUUUCUACUACAUACCUACACAUACAUACAUAUUAUUAUUAUUAUAAUCAAUAUUCAAUAUUUUUGUUCGUUUUUCUUUAAGAUUUUAUUUUGAAAAUUAAUUUCACCUGGGUGUUCGUUCGUUCGUUCUCUUGCAUACGACACACAGAUAAAUAACACUUUAAAUAUUUCUUCAUAUCUUUUAACUCUAUAAUAUUGUUAACAACAUCUCUAUAUCUAUUCUUCUAUUGUUAUAUGUAUAUAUUAGUUUAUAUUAGUAUAUACAACAUGUGUAUAUUGCUGAUUACAUUAAAAUGUCAUAUUUAGUACUAACCCCGCUCACAAAUCACUUUAACACUUUAAUUAAUCAAUUAAUAAAAUUUAUAGUCUACUGCUGUACAGUUCACACUAAUACCCCUGUGUAAUGCCUACAUACCAUGAUUCACUCCGCCUAACUUCUUCAACACCCACCAUUGUGUUUAACCUUUACUUUUACAUUAAUUUCCAUUUUGUUCAUACUUAUUUGGUUCAUUUAUAUAGCUUUUUGGUUUAAGUCCCGUAGUAAUCUUUAUUUAUUAUCUUAUAUCUUCCGUAUUUGAGUGUUUUUUCUCUCUUUAUUUUUAGUUUUUUUUUUAUUGUAAAUUUUUUAUGCCACAUAUUCUCCUUUUUUUAAACAAUAAAUAAAUUACAUAGCUUUAUGUCUAAUAAUUAA